AUGAGCAUUGGGGAUCAAGUCCUAAUGACAUUGAUGCGCCUGCGUCUGUCACUACUUUAUGGGGACCUUGCGCGGCGAUUCGAAAUCUCGGUUGGCCAAGUCGGAAAGGUGUUCCGGAAGAUGAUGAGCGUACUGGCAGACAUCCUAUCCAAAGUGAUAGUGUGGCUACCAAAGGAGGUGAUUCUGGCAACCAUGCCUGUGCAAUUCAUUGAAGGUGGAUAUAGGAACACCACGGUCAUCAUUGAUUGCAGUGAGGUACCUCUGCAAAUGCCAAAAAGGCUGUACGCCAGAGGGCAGUCCUUUAGUUACUAUAAGGGACGCAACACAGUAAAGUUCUUAAUUGCUGUUGCACCCAGUGGAUUUGUCAUGUUUGUGUCGUGUGCGUACGGAGGGCGAGCAUCUGACAAAUUCAUAGUGGAGGACUCUUGUUUUGCCGAGUACCUCUCCGACGAUGAUCAGGUGAUGGCAGACAGGGGGUUCAGCCUGAGUGCGGAGAUGAGAGAGAAGGGGGUGACGCUAAACAUACCGGCUUUCACUAGAGGACGAAAGCAGAUAACUGAAAAGGAAGCGACGGAAUCUAGGAGAAUUUCCAGGCUACGAAUCCACGUCGAGAGAGCCAUCGGAAGGGUUAAGACCUAUCGAAUUCUCAAGCAACCCCUGCCAAUCCACCACAAGAAGAUCAUGAACAAGAUCAUCUUGGUCUGUGCUGGAUUGUGUAACCUGAAAGGGGCAUUGAUUGCAGCUCAAGAUCCGCAAAAGCGAAAGAGAGAGCAGGACGAUGAUCAAAAGAAAGUGUUGCUUGCAUGUCAGCUUUUCCUGCCCAUCCAGAUGGGAGAGAGUUCUGCAUUUCUUUGCUUCAUAUGGCCAUAA